GAGUAGCGGGUUCUGAAUGCCCUAAAUCCUAAUUCUCCUUAAACCCUAAUUCUCGAAGCUCUAGCGCAAGGACUUUGCUGUCUUCACCUACAGAGGGUGUGUGCUCAUCUUCGCUUGCGUGAUUGCUUUUGAAGCUCUCGCGCAAUCGCAGGCUCUGGGAUUGUGGAGAGUCGGAAGGGUUUUCUGGGUUUGUGUUAGAUUGUGGCAGCAGCAUGAUUGCCGCCGUGUGUUGGGUGCCGAAAGGGGCAGCAAAAAAUGUGCCUGUGGUAGCCGAGCCGCCGACGGAGGAGCAGCUGCGGGAGCUUUUACAGCAGCAUGAGGAUCUUCGCGAGGCGAGCGAAGGAGAAGGGGACGAAGAGGAUGAGGAAUUGGAUGCAGACGAGAUGGAGGACGCUGGGGCUGGUUCUGGCGGUUCCGCUGCUGUUUCGACUGCUUUAGCUGCUGCUUCGGCACUUGGAGCGACGACGUCUCAGCCCAAUGGGCACAAGUCUCAUGAGGAGAUGCUCGCUGAUGGUUUGGCGGAGCUUGACAUGGACCAUUACGACGAAGAAGAUGAAGGAGUCGAGAUUUUUGGAAAUGGUGGUUUGGGGGCAGCUUAUUAUCCUAGCAAUGAAGACGACCCUUACCUUGUCGAUAAAAAUGACGAUGAGGAUGAGGAAAUUGAGGACAUGACUAUUAAGGAUUCGGAUUUGAUCAUCCUGACUGCUCGAAACGAAGACGACGUGAGUCACCUCGAGUAUUGGGUUUACGAAACUGAAGACACUAUAAGUGAGGAUCCUGACGAGGAGACGAAUAUGUACGUUCACCAUGACAUCAUGUUGCCAGCUUUUCCUUUGUGCCUUUCAUGGCUAGAUUGUAAUCCUAAAGGCGAAGGAAAGGGAAACUAUGUUGCGGUAGGGACGAUGCAACCCGAAAUCGAAAUUUGGGAUUUGGAUGUGGUGGAUUCGGUGGAACCUGUGAGUGUGUUAGGUGGAGCAAUUCAGUCUGUACCUGAGCAAGGGUCUACAGAGAAGAAGAACAAGAAGAAGUCGAAGAAGAAGGCUGCAGCGAAACAAGUGCAGUACAAAGAGGGCAGUCAUACGGAUGCAGUGUUAGGUCUAUCUUGGAAUUCUGUAUUUCGAAACGUUAUCGCAAGUGCAAGUGCAGAUAAGUCUGUCAAAAUCUGGGACGUGGUGAAGGGAGCAUGCGAGCACACCAUGAAUAUUCACACAGAUAAAGUUCAAGCCGUAGCAUGGAACUUGAAGGAGCCUACAGUCCUUCUUAGUGGGUCCUUUGAUCGGACAGUGGCCCUGACAGAUAUGAGAGCUCCUCAAGCGGCCGCCAUCCGCUGGUCUGUCUCUGCCGAUGUAGAAUAUCUAGCCUGGGAUCCGCACACGCCACACACAUUUAUAGUGAGUUUAGAAGAUGGAACUGUUGGAGGAUAUGAUGUGCGCACAGGGACAACAGAUCCUCAGCAAGGGAAAGCUUUGUUCACCAUUCAUGCACAUGACAAGGCUGCUUGCUGUUUGGCAUACAACACUGCUGCACCCAACCUUCUGGCUACGGUAUCCACUGAUAAGAUGGUGAAGUUGUGGGACUUGACAGACAAUCAACCAGCUUGCAUUGCGUCCACCAACCCGAAGGUUGGUGCUGUCUUUGCGGCAAGUUUUUGCAAGGAUGCUCCAUUUUUGCUUGCUGUUGGUGGAUCAAAGGGUAAUUUGCAUGUGUGGGAUACGUUAGCAAUUGGAGAGGUCUCGAGAAGAUUUGGGAAGUUUUCUCCCAGACCAAGGAGGAUAUCCACUAACGUUGAGGCUUAAUUGGAGCUGAGGAGAUGUCCAAGUGCAAUCGCUAUCUGCUACUCUAAAGAUCGCUGAUUCCGGGUAAAGUAUGUAGUAUCUUAAGGGCUGGUAAUAGCUUCCUCCCUCAUUUUCUGUGUCUGUACACGGAUUUUUAGAACAGGUACCAACUGGCCAACAGCUUGUGCUUCAGGAAGAGGUUGAUUUAUCUGCUGGUUAUUUGGUGCGGUGCACUCAAGGAGUGUAUCUUCUUAGGCCAUACUUCACAGGACAUUCUAUAAUUGUAUCCUGUAUUCAUUUAGAGUUGUUUGAUCGGAGUUUUUUCCACGUGCUUGGCUCACUGUAUAUUGACGAGAAAUGUUGCACCCAUGAAAUAUUUCCUGAGGGUAUAUGAAGCAUGUAUUCUUUAGGCAUUAUAUGUUUUUGGCUCAUUAAUUCUUGAUAUAAAUCCUGGAGUGUUUUCUGUUCAGGGGUUGAAUA